AUGUGGGAUGAUUCUAGUAUCCAGCGUUUCCAGUAUGGAUUCAUCAAUACCUGUCUGAAAUCAUUGGUGGUGGAAAACUUUGGUGAAGAUACGUGGGAGGCCCUGAGAGUGCAAGCUGAAGUACAGGACAUGUUCAUGACAUAUCAGGUUUAUGAUGAUGCGAUCACACUCAGACUCGUCCAGGAAGCUUCGAAAAUGCUGCAUCUGUCUGCCGAGGCUGUCUUGAAACUCUUUGGAGGACACUUUUUCACCUUCUGCAAGGUGUCUGGGUACGACAGAAUGCUGCGGACGUUGGGAGGAUCGUUGAUGGAAUUUAUCGAAAAUUUAGAUGCCCUUCACAGUUACCUUGCUCUGUCAUAUCAGGAGAUGAAAGCACCAUCUUUUCGAGUGGAAAGGAGGGAAGGUGGAGAGAUGUGGCUUCAUUACUAUUCUGAGAGAAGAGGGCUCUGCCAUAUAGUUCCAGGGAUCAUACAGGCUGUAGCUAAAGACUUCUUUGACACGGAGGUGGAGAUGGAAAUCCUUAAACAGUCAGAAGAGGAUGAAGGCAUGGAGAGAAUGGAGCAUGUGGUUUUUCUCGUUGUCCAGAAGAGGCUGCCAGAGCGAUGGAGGGACAGACCAGGAAGAAGCACACGGUCUGAGGAAAUCAAGCUGGAUAAACAGGAGAUUGAGAAGUAUUUGAAUAAGAUGAAGCAGAAAUAUCAGGCACUGUCUCACUGCUCAGUGAAGAAGUCACACUGGGACAUUCUCAGAAGGGUUGUGACAUUUGACCAAGGUAACUUGCUAUGUUCUUUCGAGCCAGUUUACCCAGAGAGGCUCUGGAUGGACACAAAAGCUUUCUGUGAUGCAUUUCCUUUUCACAUUGUCUUUGAUGAGGAGCUAAAGGUCAAGCAGGCGGGAGUGAAUAUUCAGAAGCAUGUACCGGGACUACAGGCAAUGAACAUUCGAUUUGAUGACUACUUCACAAUCACCCAUCCAGCAGUGUCUUUUACUAUCUCCAGCAUUCGAAAGUUUAUCAACAGUCAGUUUGUACUGAAAACACGGACAGAAAUGAUGCCACGGUCUUGGCAAACUCAACCAAUUCUGAAACUCCGAGGGCAGAUGCUGUGGAUGGGAUCGAUCCAAUGUAUGAUUUACCUGUGCUCACCACAGUUGCACUGCCUCCAAGAGCUGGAAGAGGCGGGGAUGUACAUCGCCGACAUAGCCCAGCAUGACACAACGCGAGACCUCAUUCUCCUCAAUCAGCAAAGGCUAGCAGAGAUUGAGCUGUCCAAUCAGCUCGAACGCAAGAAGGAGGAGCUGAGAAUCCUGUCCAAGAACCUGGAGGUGGAAAAGCAGAAAACUGAGGCGCUACUAUAUGCCAUGCUACCUAAACACGUGGCCAAUCAGCUCAAGGAAGGCAAGCAGGUUGAAGCAGGGGAAUUCGAAGAUUGCACCAUCCUCUUCAGUGACGUAGUGACUUUUACCAACAUCUGUGCAGCCUGUGAGCCUAUCCAGAUUGUCCACAUGCUCAACUCCAUGUACUCCCGCUUUGAUCGUAUAACUACAGUCCAUGAUGUUUACAAGGUUGAGACCAUUGGAGAUGCCUACAUGGUUGUUGGAGGCGUACCCAUUCCUGUUGCAAGCCAUGCGGAGAGAGUCGCCAACUUUGCCUUGGGAAUGAGGAUGGCUGCAAGAAGUGUGAAGAAUCCAGUGACCGGAGAUCCUAUUCAGAUCCGAGUUGGCAUACACUCUGGUCCAGUGUUGGCUGGAGUGGUUGGUGAGAAGAUGCCAAGGUACUGUCUAUUUGGAGACACUGUUAAUACUGCCUCAAGGAUGGAGAGCCAUGGAGUACCAGGCAAGAUCCAUCUCAGUCCAACAGCAAACAGAGCCCUACAGAACAAAGGUUUCGAAAUUGUGGAGAGGGGAGCGAUCAACGUGAAAGGCAAAGGGCAAAUGGUCACCUACUUUCUUGUUCAGAACCUGCAUGCCACUGAAGAUGACAUCUUGGGUAGGUCGUCAAAGCGAAGUGGGAGAGAUCCCAACCAGGACAAUGAUGGCAGCAAGGGGAAAAGUGACCAGUGUAAGCACCGCGGUGAGUUUUACAGCACGGAAUAUGACUCUUGA